ACGACUUAUCUGGUCCAGUCAUGCGUCGGCCCAAAUCCACGGCCCGCGGUUUGGGGCAGCCGCGGCAGCUUGCUUGGCAGCGUAAAAACGUAUACUUUACAACUUGUACACUCACACACAAGCUGCUAGCCAAGCUCAGCAGCUGCCUGUACCCCUCCUUCCCUAGCCAGUGAAUCGUGUCGUCCGGCGCCGCCGCACCUGCGAAUUUGGCCGACCAUGGAGACGGUGGCGGCGGCCGGCUACGCCCGCGGGGCGGCGACGCGCUCCCCCGCGUGCUGCGCCGCCAUGUCCUUCUCGCAGUCCUACAGGGCCAAGGCUGCCAGGCCACCGAGCACAUUCUACGGCGAGUCGCUGCGGGUUAACACGGCGAGGCCGUUCCUCCCGGGGAGGCAGUCCAAGGCGGCGAGCCGGGCGGCGCUCAACACCCGGUGCGAGAUCGGGGACAGCCUGGAAGAGUUCCUGACGAAGGCAACGCCGGACAAGAACCUCAUCAGGCUGCUCAUCUGCAUGGGGGAGGCGAUGAGGACGAUCUCGUUCAAGGUCAGGACCGCGUCGUGCGGCGGCACCGCCUGCGUCAACUCGUUCGGCGACGAGCAGCUCGCCGUCGAUAUGCUCGCCGACAAGCUCCUCUUCGAGGCUUUGGAAUACUCUCAUGUCUGCAAGUAUGCAUGCUCCGAGGAGGUCCCUGAGCUGCAAGACAUGGGUGGCCCAGUCGAUGGUGGUUUCAGUGUAGCAUUCGACCCUCUUGAUGGUUCCAGCAUUGUCGACACAAACUUCACAGUUGGAACCAUAUUUGGAGUCUGGCCUGGUGACAAGCUGACAGGCGUCACUGGUGGAGACCAAGUUGCUGCUGCCAUGGGCAUCUAUGGCCCUCGAACGACUUACAUUAUCGCUCUCAAGGACUGUCCUGGAACUCAUGAAUUCCUCCUUCUUGAUGAAGGUAAAUGGCAGCAUGUCAAGGACACCACAACCAUUGGAGAGGGGAAAAUGUUCUCUCCUGGUAACCUGAGGGCUACAUUUGAUAACCCUGAAUAUGACAAGCUCAUCAACUACUAUGUCAAGGAGAAGUACACACUGCGUUACACUGGAGGAAUGGUUCCUGAUGUCAACCAGAUCAUAGUAAAGGAGAAGGGCAUCUUCACCAACGUGACAUCUCCCACAGCCAAGGCCAAGCUGAGGCUUCUGUUCGAGGUGGCGCCGUUGGGCUUCUUGAUAGAGAAAGCCGGCGGGUACAGCAGCGACGGCAAACAGUCGGUGCUGGACAAGGUGAUCAACAACCUCGACGAGCGGACCCAGGUGGCCUACGGGUCGAAGAACGAGAUCAUCCGGUUCGAGGAGACUCUCUACGGCUCGUCGAGGCUCACCGCCGGCGCCGCCGUGGGCGCCGCCGCUUAAUCUUUUGCUGCAACGCGACACAGUGUCGCAGGCCUGAAAAACACUGAAACUGCAGUCGUUUUCAGACUCCCAUCUUGUGGCGCACAUUGGUAUAUAGUUGCAGUGUUUCUCUUUUUUGUGUAAAAGUUCCAUAUAAAGGUUAAUGGAGACUUCUAUUUUGCCGAUAAGCAGAACA